AAGAAAGAGAGAGAGAGAUGGGAAUCAAGAACAAGACAUUGAGAUGGAUUCUCCCAUCUUGUCUAAAAUCCACUGUCACCCAAAAAAUGGAUUCAAGAAUCCAUGUCGCAAUCCACAGCUCGAAUUCAAGAAUCUCCCUCUCCGAUAUAAGCGAUCCCGGCUCGCCCCUCUGCCUAAGCGACCUCUCGAGCUCCAAAUUUGCGGCGAAUCUUCAUAUCUUCACAUUCUCCGAGCUCAGGCUCAUGACCAGCGACUUCUCGUCCGUCAACUUCCUCGGGGAGGGUGGGUUCGGGCCCGUGCACAAGGGCUUCGUCGACGACAAGUGCAGGCCGGGCCUCAGCCCCCAAGCCGUCGCCGUCAAGGUCCUCGACCCUGACGGCGAGCAGGGUUUCAGGGAAUGGCUGACUGAAGUAGUACUUCUUGGGCAACUGAAGCACCCUAACCUCGUGAAAUUGAUUGGAUACUGCUGCGAAGACGAUCACCGGCUUCUUGUCUAUGAGUACAUGGCUAGAGGCAAUCUCGAAAACCAUCUAUUUCGAAGAUAUACUUCGCUAGCAUGGGAAACUAGGAUUAAGAUCGCACUAGGGGCAGCAAAAGGCCUAGCAUUCCUUCACGGUGAAGAGAAACCGGUCAUCUACCGCGAUUUCAAGACUUCUAACAUCCUCCUCGACUCGGACUAUAACGCGAGACUCUCCGACUUUGGGUUGGCCAAGGAUGGGCCGGAGGGAGAUGAAACACAUGUGUCAACGCGCAUAAUGGGCACACAUGGCUACGCAGCACCAGAGUACAUCAUGACAGGGCAUUUGACAACAAAGAGCGACGUAUACAGCUUUGGAGUAGUCCUGCUCGAGUUGCUAACCGGGAGGCGUGCCAUGGACAAGAAACGGCCUCCCAGAGAGCAGAACCUCGUGGACUGGGCGAAGCCUUACUUGAAGGAUCAUCAUAAGCUCGACUCAAUAAUUGACCCACGCCUCGAGGGGCAAUACUCGAGCGAAGGAGUUAGGAGAGUAGCUGCAUUGGCUCACCAAUGCCUUAACCACACCCCCAAAUCUAGGCCAACCAUGAGCCAGCUUGUCAAGAUCUUGGAGCUCAUCGCGCAGCUCAGAGACAUGCCCUUUGUCUACAUCGCGCCUGCAGAGGGCAAGGCGCAUGCAAAGAUCGAAGAGCACAAGGAAGAUGGAGACGAAGACGACAAGAAGGUGGAGAAGGAGAUGGGGCGAAAGUCGAGGAGGAAAGGGUAUAGACACAAGCAUCCCGUGAGGGCUCGUGGCGUCUACACCGAUACUCAUUUGUAUAGAGCUUACAAGAAUGAGAUGAUUAGUGUAGGAAUUGAAGGGAGAUGAAAGUGGGAAUUGAGCUUAUUUGUUGAUUUUGAUGUAAAUUUAGGUUGUUUAGUUGUGUUGUGUAGAAAAUUUUAUUUUCUAUUUCUUCAUGGCCUUUUUGGUUGUGGAAAAAAUCAAGAAAAUUUUCAUUUUUGAUCA